AUGGCUAUAAACGAGACAAAAGAAGCUGAUGAAGUAGAUAUAGUGGGAAAUGUCGACAACAAGGAAGAAAUAAUCAAUUUUAUUAAUGACAUAGACAAGUUUCAUAAAAUAAAACAAGUUAAGAUCAUGGAUAGUUCCACUACAAUUGUUUUCAGACUCAAAUUUGAACACGAGCAUGAUGCAAAAUAUGUAAAAUUAUGGAAAUCCUCCUCGAACUUGUUGAUAAACUUGAUUUUUCAAGCAAAUGCAUUAUCCAAUGCUGUUUAA